AUGGAUGGUCAGAAUGACACGUUGCCGCCGAAAGAAAGCAAGUACCCAGUUACAUUCCAUCCAGGUGACAUAGAAAUCAGAAAGGAGUUGAAAGUCGUUUUUCUGCGAAGCAUUGUUUCUUCAAACAGUCUCGUCAUUUUAAUUGCUGGGAAAUUCCGCGUGGUGUUCGUCAAGUUCGACGUGGCUUAUCCGUACGGAGAGAAACACGAGAACUUCGCCAAACUCGCCGACGCAGCCAAAGACAUUGACGAUGUUCUGAUUGCCGAAGUCCCAGUCAAGGACUACGGCGAGAAGGAAAACGAGGACUUUGCCAAAAAAUUCGGAGUCGACACCAAGAACUUCCCGCAGGCGAGACUCUUUCUGAAUGCCGACUUGGAGCACCCCAUAAAAUUCGAGGGCAACUUUGAGGAAGCGGAUUUGCGUCAGUUUUUGAAGUCCGAAGGCCGGGUGUGGAUCGGGCUGCCGGAUUGCGUGGAGGCAUUUGAUGCCCUGGCCCUCGAGUUUACUCGUACGACGGACGAAGUGAGCAGGCAGAGGGUUUUGGCUCGUGCUGCCGAGGCCAUGGCGAAAGAGGAUCGGGAGUCGGCCAAGAAAUCUGCAGAGACGUACAUCAAGGUGAUGCAGAAAAUGAUGUCUGUGGGCGACGACUUUGUGGGGAGUGAGGAGAAGAGGAUCAAGAAGCUCUUGGCGGGGAAAAUCACGGAUGAGAAGAAGAAGGAGUUGAAGAAGCGCAUGAAUAUUCUGUUGUCGUUCCUCUCUCAUCAGGAUGGGAGAGACGAGUUGAGCAUUGAAACUGCCGCCGAAUCGGAGCGAGCAGUUGGUGACGGCGGUUCAAUAAUGCAAGCUGUUAUUGUCUGUCCCUCGCCGUCGUUCACAGUAUUCUUCAUGAAAGAAAAUCCUGUUACUUCUCUGUGGUCUAUCAAUCAACAACAGCAUGACAAGACUCGAAAAUUUCCCGAUUUGGAGAAUUCAUCCAUUUCUACUUCUGCUCCGCUGUUGGGCAAUGAUGGUGAGCCUAACUCAUGA